AGGAGGUGGGGAUGGAAAGAGGGAGAGGCAGCGCAGGGCGAGGGAGGAGGUGAGAUAGAAGGAAGAAGGGAAGGCAGAGUCGAAUAGGGAGGAGGAAGAGGACAGAGAGAAGAAGAGAAGGCAGGGUGAGGGAGGAGGCAGAGGGAGAGGAGCGCACGCGGCGAGUGUGCGGCCGGGUUCGCUGGUUAAGAGCGAAGAGGGGGUGUGCAUUGGCACCGAGAGGGACCCGGGGCCGGCGAGGGCGAUUGCAGCUUCGGGAGGUAGAGAGAGUGCAGGGCGCGGGCCCAGGCGGGUGGAAGAGUGAGCGUCAAACGGGCUCUGGGGUGCACGGUCCCAGCCCCUGCAUCUCAGGAGCUGGGGCUCCCUUUCUGGGGACAGCCAGGCUGGAAGUCCCAGGAGGAGGGGAGGGAAGAGCUAGGGGGUCGGGCGCUGGGAAAGGGUCGCUACGAGGCCUCUUGGAUGGGGGGUGCCGCUCGCCUGAGCGCCCCUAAAGCGCUGGUACUCUGGGCCGCACUGGGAGCGGCAGCUCACAUCGGACCGGCACCUGAUCCCGAGGACUGGUGGAGCUACAAGGAGAAUCUCCAGGGAAACUUCGUGCCAGGGCCUCCCUUCUGGGGCCUGGUGAACGCUGCCUGGAGCCUGUGCGCUGUGGGGAAGCGGCAGAGCCCAGUGGAUGUGGAACUGAAACGGGUUCUUUAUGACCCUUUUCUGCCCCCUCUCAGGCUCAGCACCGGGGGAGAGAAGCUCCGGGGAACCUUGUACAACACUGGCCGCCAUGUCUCCUUCCUACCUGCAUCCCGACCUGUGGUCAACGUGUCUGGGGGUCCCCUUCUUUAUAGCCACCGACUCAGUGAACUGCGACUGCUGUUUGGCGCUCGAGAUGGUGCCGGCUCUGAACACCAGAUCAACCACCAAGGCUUCUCUGCUGAGGUGCAGCUAAUUCACUUCAACCAAGAACUCUAUGGGAAUCUCAGUGCUGCCUCAAGAGGCCCCAACGGCCUGGCCAUUCUCAGCUUCUUUGUCAAUGUGGCUGGCAGCUCCAACCCAUUCCUCAGUCGCCUCCUCAACCGGGACACUAUCACCCGAAUCUCUUACAAAAAUGAUGCCUACUUUCUUCAAGAUCUGAGCCUGGAGCUCCUGUUCCCAGAAUCCUUCGGCUUCAUCACCUAUCAGGGCUCUCUCAGCACGCCUCCCUGCUCUGAGACUGUCACCUGGAUCCUCAUCGACAGGGCUCUCAAUAUUACCUCCCUCCAGAUGCACUCCCUGAGACUCCUGAGCCAGAAUCCCCCCUCCCAGAUCUUCCAGAGCCUCAGUGGUAAUGGCCGGCCCUUGCAGCCCCUGGCCCACAGAGCCUUGAGGGGCAACAGGGACCCCCGGCACCCCGAGAGGCGCUGCCGAGGCCCCAACUACCGCCUGCAUGUGGAUGGUGGUCCUCAUGGUCGCUGAGACUCCCCAGCGAGGAUUACGCCCGCCUGUUCUGAGUUUCCUCACCAGGGGAGGGGAUUCACCCCAAAACAAAGCUAUUAAAGGGACUGAAUGUUUCCGGUUUUUCGGUGGUUUAUCAAUCGCGAUUGAGAAAGAUCUAGAUAUUAAAAAA